AACCUCCUACACCAGCGGCAGACCAUCUCCUACAACCAAAGCCUGGCACAAGCAUUCUUCCUCAUUGGCUUUGCGGGAUGUGAGCCAGCACUGCUGGCUGUCAUGGCCUAUGACCGCUAUGCAGCCAUCUGCCAGCCUUUGCACUAUGCCCACCUGAUGAGGAGCAAGGUAUGCAUCCAACUGUCUGUGGCCAUUUGGCUCUGGGGAUUCUUGGACUCAGCUAUCUAUAUUGUUCUGGCUUCCAGGUUGGAUUUCUGUGGAAACCACCAGAUUCCUCACAUCUUUUGUGAUGUUCCCCCAUUAUUGAAAAUUGCCUGCAGUGAUACCUCAGUCAAUGAGUUGGCCACUCAUAUCACUGGCACCUUUGUGGGCCUUGUCCCUCUUCUCUUCAUCAUCCUGUCCUAUUUCUACAUUUUGAGCUCCAUUCAGCAGAUUCGCUCCAACACCGGCAGGCGCAAAGCCUUCUCCACCUGUGCAUCACACAUUGCUGUGGUGACUCUCUUUGUUGGAAAUGCCUUUGUGAACUACAACCAGCCCAGUGCUGGCUACUCCCUAGAGAUUGACGCCCUGAUCUCCACAAUGUUUUGCAUUGUCCCCCCCAUGCUGACCCCCUUAACCUGCAGCCUCCGCAACAAGGAGGUGAAGGGGGCCCUGAGGAAGGUUCUCAGCUGCUGGAAGACAGCAUAG